CUUUUACUCAUUUUUGUUCAGAGCACUGUCGGGCAGAAGCAGCAGCAGCAGCAGCAGCACGGAGAGAGUGGAGAGAAGUGAGGAGAAAUAGAGAAGUGUCCCCUCCCGAAGAAAGCAACAAACUGACCUGGAAUAUUUUUAAAGGCUUCCGUGUCUUUCGACAGGUUUGCUCCAUUGUUUUGAUAACGGGAGGCAAGGAUGGCAAUGCAAAUGGGUGAGGCCGGCGGCAUGUCGAAGGUGACACAGUGGCAGGAGACGAUGUAUGGCAUGGACUCGGGCAUCCAGUCUGGAGCCACCACAGUCAGAGAUGACGACGGCGAAUACUCCAAACAAUUCACCACGACAACCACCACCAUCACAUCGGAACAACCCGACGUGGAGGUCUACACUCGAACCCAGCGUGUGCGGGCUGCAAUGUUCCCAGAGACGCUGGAGUCGGGCACCUCCAUCCUGUCGACUCAGACAGACCCGUCCCAGAUGACCAACGUCCAGCGGCUGGCAGAGCCCUCCCAGAUGCUCAAGAUGGCCAUCAUCCAUCUGAUCAACUACCAGGACGACGCCGAGCUGGCCACACGCGCCGUGCCCGAGCUCACCAAACUGCUCAACGAUGAAGACCAGGUGGUGGUCAGCAAGGCAGCACAGAUUGUAAACCAGCUUACACGAAAGGAGGCGUCACGGCGUGCGAUGAUGCAGUCCCCUCAGAUGGUGGCGGCGGUGGUGCGGGCGAUGCAGAACACGAGUGACAUGGAGACGGCACGGGCCACAGCCAGCAUCCUCCACAACCUGUCCCACCAGAGAGAGGGCCUUCUCUCCAUCUUCAAGUCUGGAGGCAUCCCCGCUUUGGUCCGCAUGCUCAGCUCUCCCAUGGAGUCUGUGCUCUUCUACGCCAUCACCACGCUCCACAACCUGCUGCUGCACCAGGAAGGAGCCAAGAUGGCCGUUCGUCUGGCCGACGGCCUGCAGAAGAUGGUUCCCCUGCUGAAAAAGAGCAACCCCAAGUUCCUGGCCAUCACCACAGACUGUCUGCAGCUGCUGUCUUAUGGCAACCAGGAGAGCAAGCUGAUCAUCCUUUCCAACUCUGGUCCUGAGGGUCUCGUUCACAUCAUGAGAAACUACAACUAUGAGAAGCUGCUGUGGACCACGAGCCGUGUGCUCAAAGUGCUCUCUGUGUGCCCCAGCAACAAACCCGCCAUUGUUGAGGCCGGUGGGAUGCAGGCUCUGGGAAAUCACCUCACAGGCUCCAGCCAGCGUCUGAUGCAGAACUGUCUGUGGACGCUCAGGAACCUGUCUGAUGCCGCCACCAAGCAGGAGGGUAUGGAAAGCCUUCUGCAGGUGCUGGUGGGCCUGCUCAGCUCAGACGACCUCAACAUGCUCACUUGCGCCACCGGCAUCCUGUCGAACCUCACAUGCAACAAUGCCCACAAUAAAACUCAGGUCACCCAGGGCAACGGCGUAGAGGCGCUGAUCCACGCCAUAUUGCGCGCCGGCGAGAAGGAGGAUGUGACUGAACCUGCCGUUUGCGCUCUGCGUCACUUGACAUCACGCCACCAACAGGCUGAGGUUGCGCAGAACGCUGUGAGGAGACACUACGGCAUCCCGGCCAUCGUCAAGCUGCUCAACCAGCCCUACUACUGGCCCGUCAUCAAGGCUGUGGUCGGCCUGAUCCGCAACUUGGCCCUGUGCCCGGAGAACCAGGCCCCUCUGAGGGACGCUGGAGCCAUCCCCCGUCUGGUCAACCUGCUGCUCAAAGCCCACCAGGACGCCCAGAAACAUGGUUCAUCCACCCAGCAGACAUACCAGGACGGAGUGAGGAUGGAGGAGAUAGUGGAGGGCUCCACAGGAGCUCUGCACAUCCUGGCAAGAGAUCCCAUCAACAGAGCAGAGAUCGCCAACCUGCAGACCAUCCCUCUGUUUGUUCAGCUCCUCUACUCACCAGUGGACAACGUGAAGCGUGUGGCGGCGGGCGUGCUGUGCGAGCUGGCCCUGGACAAACCGUCAGCUGAGCUCAUCGACAGCGAGGGAGCGUCUGCUCCGCUGAUGGACCUGCUGCACUCCAACAACGAGGGCAUCGCUACUUACGCUGCAGCUGUGCUCUUCCGCAUCUCCGAGGAUAAGAACUCCGACUACAAGAAGCGAGUGUCUGUGGAGCUCACACACUCUCUGUUCAAAACCGACCCCCAGACCUGGGAGCUGGCCCGCAACAGUGUCCCCAUGGACGGACCCUAUCCAGAUGAGCUGGAUGGGAUGGGUGGUGGUUACCAAGGCUACAGCGGGUAUGCAACUGAUAUGCCCAUGGACGUCAAUGACACAGGAAUGCUAUCGGACGAAUACCAAGGCACCUAUGGAGGACAAGGGUACCCUGAAUUUUAAAGAUCCUGAGGAGACGGAAAGGUGGAAAAAGAAGCGUAGGAGCUGACACGGGACAUACUGGGACAAAGAAGAGAAUCUAGUCGUCAGUAGAGAUUAUUCCCUCGGCUCUCAGCCUGAUGUAAUAUAUGCAAUUAUCACCGAGUACGGGACUCAUAUUCUUAACAGGGCUCAACUUUGUUUUAUAGCAUAAUUUUGCUGAUUAUAACUGAUGAUGCUUGUAGGUUUCUGGUAGAGAACCUUUUUUAAGAGUGUGUGUGUGUGUGUCUGUGAGUGUGUAUGUGUGUGUGUUUACGCUUUUGGGUGGGUAUUCUAUGCCAAAGAGAUUUUAUUUUGUGAUGAUAAUCGCGUAGCUUCCUUCUUUUUUUCUUUUUCUUUUUUAUUAAAGAAAAAGGAAAAAAAUAAGAGAAUAAUAGUUGAAAACACUGCCAGAGGUGGCUCAACGUGCACGGUGCACCUGCUCACCGCUCUGUUUCUUUCUUAACGCCUUUGUAACAGACACUGCUGUGUACGCUGUAGUUUUGACACUAUAUACUCAACUUUCUCCCGCCGUGACCCAACAGUUUAAGAGUCGGUGAAGAGUUAGUUUACACGGACUCGUUCUUUCUUGCGGCACUAAUUCAGUAGGAAUGAACACACGAGGAGAUGUGGAGGUCUUUGAGAGAGAGAGCAGUGUAGGGCUGCCCCCAGCCCCCCCCCCCCCCUGCUGGUUGUUUUUUUUUAGGAAUAUUUUCUCAUCUUUUUAUAAGUUAUUCACUGGGAAAGGUUCACAUUACCCGGCAUUACCAGAAUAUUAACAAAGGUGACCGUAAUCAUUAGAUGUAGAAGAAGAAGAACAACGAGGUUUUUCAGAUGUUUUCAACAGAUUGAUUCAUUAGUCAACACAUGUGGUGAUAAAGUCGGGGAAGGCCCUACAGCUGGAGCAAACUACUGACAGGGAAAUUUUUGUCUUUCUACUUAAUAAGAGUUUUUACUGAAAUUUUGUUUAAUAAAAAUAAAGGAUAUAUUAAACAUAC